AUGAUUGAGCCAACUGAAGACGAUGCUUCCGCCCAUAGCACUAUGAAGUUGGAGGAUAUGCACGACACGAACACUGAAACCGAAUCGGGCAAUAAACAAACAUUCAACCAAGAGACUGUUUUACAAUUCAUGAUAGGCAGUCUCAAAGAGUUAGGACUGAGGCUUUCAGCGAGGAGCAUUGAGGAGGAGUCGGGAGCAUCAAACGACGGUAAACUUUCAUUCAUUGCUUCAGAAAUUGAACCUGUCUUGGACGCAAUUCUUACAACUUCAACGAAAAAUCCUUCAGUGUUUUCUGAUGAUGGGACCACCCUAUUGUCUUUCGAAGGCAUCUCGCUGAAUGAGCUUCUGGAAGCAUUUCUGCACACUCGGAACGAAGAGUUUAUGAGGUGCUUCAUUGCCUCGAGCCAUCUGUUCAUUUCAAACGCGAGUUUUGUGGAUUUUCUCUCGUUUCAUUUUGAGAAAGCCAUACAUUUGGAACGAAAGUUGUUCUUAUGGAUUAAAGAGCACUCCGAUGUGUCCAAUGAUACAUGCAUACAAGGAAAGUUGGACAGAUUGCUUUUUGUCUUAGAAAAAACAGGGAUCAUAGAAAAGACCUCUUCACAUACCUUAAUGAUGAUGGUGCAUGGCUUAUUUCCCAUCUCUUUUAAUACCCAAGUUAUGUUCUAUGCUCCAGAAAUUCAAAUAGUGAAUGAUUACAACUGUUCCUUCUGGGACAUUAACGAAUGUGAUCUUGCAAGACAGCUAUGCCUUCAGGACGAGCUCAUUCUUUGUCAAAUGAAACCCCAGGAAUUGUAUUUCAUCGAUACCUCUCCUUCCAUACGUGCCAUUUCUAAUCGUUACAAACGGAUACGGAAUUGGGCAGCUUCAUGUACUUGUACACAAGCUGGAAUGGACGACAAGGCUUUUGAAAAAUUGAUGUUAAUUUCACAAUUUUUAAACAAGUUUAAAAAUUACUCCACGUUUUUUGCACUUGUUCAAGGGCUUUCAAUAAGCUUGAAUCAAAGACCACUAACUGACCAAGCAUUGUUGAACAAAUUUCAAGGACUGGCCUCCACUGAAUUUAAGAUGAAUACAGCUCACCUUAUCAAUUCGCCAUGUAUUCCAUACUUCACGCCCUAUUUGAUACUGUUGCGAGAAAGUCAAAAAGAAGAGCCAUUUGUAGUAGAAAACGAGGAAGAGACCAUUCUUGUGAAUUGGCAAAAAAUCGAGAGAAUGCAUGUCAUCAUUCAUGAGAUUGAAAGAUUUCAGCACCAAAUCAAACAAACUCCAUACCCUUUCCAAGCUAACCUUGUCAUCCAAAACAUUAUUGAGCAUACAAUAGAUAAUUAA